AUGAUUAAGUAUGCGAAGGAAAUCCUAGAGUCUGCAGGCAUAGCUAACUGCAAUUCUUCUCCCACUCCAGUUAAUUCUAAAGGGGAAAUGCGCACAGACUCUGGUGAUCUAUAUGCGGAUCCGACCAUGUAUCGUCGAUUGUGUGGUGCUCUACAAUACCUCACUUUCACUCGACCUGAGAUUUCAUAUGCGGUUCAACAGGUGUGCUUAUUUAUGCAUUCUCCCAGAGUUGCUCAUAUGGAUGCUAUGAAACACAUUCUGCGUUAUAUUCAAGGCAAUCAUGUUCAACAUCAACGCACAAAACACAUUGAAUUGGAUAUUCACUUUGUUCGUGAGAAGGUACAGCGCGGUGAGGGACAGUCUUAG